AGGCGGUGGCGGCCGCGGGCGGUGGGAGGAGCCGCGUGGUUCCGGCUGCCCGGGCGAGGCGACCCUUGGGUCCGCGCCGCGGGCGGGAGCGCAGGUAGAGGAGCGGCGCGCCGUGGCUCCGGGGAGGCUCAGGCAGCGGAGUCACCCCCGCGCGCCCCCAGCCCCCUCGGCCUCCGGCGUCGAGGCGGGGGAUCCAGGAGAUGCCGACCCAGAGGGACAGCACUACCAUGUCUCACCCGAUCGCGGGCGGCGGCUUCGGGGACCAUGCUCACCAGGUCCGGGUGAAAGCCUACUACCGCGGGGAUAUCAUGAUAACACACUUUGAACCUUCCAUCUCCUUUGAGGGCCUUUGCAAUGAGGUUCGAGACAUGUGUUCUUUUGACAAUGAACAGCUCUUUACCAUGAAAUGGAUCGAUGAGGAAGGAGACCCGUGUACAGUAUCAUCUCAGUUGGAGUUGGAAGAAGCCUUUAGGCUUUAUGAGCUAAACAAGGAUUCUGAACUCUUGAUUCAUGUAUUUCCUUGUGUACCAGAACGUCCUGGAAUGCCCUGUCCAGGAGAAGAUAAGUCCAUCUACCGCAGAGGUGCACGCCGCUGGAGAAAGCUUUAUUGUGCAAAUGGCCACACUUUUCAAGCCAAGCGUUUCAACAGGCGUGCCCACUGUGCCAUCUGUACCGACCGGAUAUGGGGACUUGGACGCCAGGGAUAUAAAUGCAUCAACUGCAAACUCUUGGUUCAUAAGAAAUGCCACAAACUUGUCACAAGUGAAUGUGGGCGACAUUCUUUACCACCGGAACCAAUGAUGCCCGUGGAUCCGUCAUCCGUGCACUCAGACCAUGCACAAACAGUAAUUCCAUAUAAUCCUUCAAGUCAUGAGAGUUUGGACCAAGUUGGUGAAGAAAAGGAGGCAAUGAACACCAGGGAAAGCGGCAAAGCAUCAUCCAGUCUAGGUCUUCAGGAUUUUGAUUUGCUCCGGGUAAUAGGAAGAGGAAGUUAUGCCAAAGUACUGUUGGUGCGAUUAAAAAAAACAGAUCGUAUCUAUGCAAUGAAAGUUGUGAAAAAAGAGCUUGUCAAUGAUGAUGAGGAUAUUGACUGGGUACAGACAGAGAAGCAUGUUUUUGAGCAGGCAUCCAAUCAUCCUUUUCUUGUUGGGCUGCAUUCUUGCUUUCAGACAGAAAGCAGAUUGUUCUUUGUCAUAGAGUAUGUAAAUGGAGGAGAUCUAAUGUUUCAUAUGCAGAGACAAAGAAAACUUCCUGAAGAACAUGCCAGAUUUUACUCUGCAGAAAUCAGUCUAGCAUUAAAUUACCUUCAUGAACGAGGGAUAAUUUAUAGAGAUUUGAAAUUGGACAAUGUAUUGCUGGACUCAGAAGGACACAUUAAACUCACUGACUACGGCAUGUGUAAGGAAGGAUUACGGCCAGGAGAUACAACAAGCACUUUCUGUGGUACUCCAAAUUACAUUGCUCCUGAAAUUUUAAGAGGAGAAGAUUAUGGUUUCAGUGUUGACUGGUGGGCUCUUGGAGUACUAAUGUUUGAGAUGAUGGCAGGAAGGUCUCCAUUUGAUAUUGUUGGGAGCUCUGAUAACCCUGACCAAAACACAGAGGACUAUCUCUUCCAAGUUAUUUUGGAAAAACAAAUUCGAAUACCACGUUCUCUGUCUGUAAAAGCUGCAAGUGUCCUGAAGAGUUUUCUCAACAAGGACCCAAAGGAACGAUUGGGUUGUCAUCCUCAAACAGGAUUUGCUGAUAUUCAGGGACACCCGUUCUUCCGCAAUGUUGACUGGGAUAUGAUGGAGCAAAAGCAGGUGGUACCUCCCUUUAAACCAAAUAUUUCUGGGGAAUUCGGUUUGGACAACUUUGACUCCCAGUUUACUAAUGAACCUGUCCAGCUCACUCCAGAUGAUGAUGAUAUUGUGAAGAAGAUUGAUCAGUCUGAGUUUGAAGGCUUUGAGUACAUCAAUCCUCUUUUGAUGUCUGCGGAAGAAUGCGUCUGAUCCUCGUUUCUCAACUGUGCAUUUUGCUCGUGUUGCCAUUUAAUGCAUGGAAAACUCAUUACCAGCCUGGAUAUGAUGAACCAUUUGAUAUUUGCCAACUACAAAAAAGCGCUCAAUAUCUUGUAUUUGUUGACUGUAAGAGUCAAUUAUUACAUAUAAAUUUAACUAUGGAAAAAAAAAAGACUAGUUUCCAGACAAUCGUGUCAAAAUUCAUUUAUACUGGUAGUCUAGCAGCCUACUGAUGAGUAACAAAGUUGUCUUUUUCCUUUGAAGAAACUACUUACCACUGCUUUUAAAAAGAGUGUCUGUUGCAUUAAGGCACAUGGUGGUAUUACAUCAUAAGCCUCUCUGUGAUUUUUGUCAUACUUCCUUUUAAGUAUUUAAUUUUGGAAUAAAAAGAUUAAUUCAAAAUAUAUUACCUGUUAGUGUAUGAAUUCUUUGUGUUUAAAAAUUCAGCUGUAAAUUUUAUCAUUGCCUUGGAUAAUUACUGAUUUUUAAGGUAGCAAUUGUUAAGUUGACUGGUAAUAAAAGGUAUUACUUGCUAAAAAUUGGGGAAUACAGAUUCUUCUUGAGGAAAAAGUUAGGCACAUUUUAUUAAGAAUCAGAUUCCAAAUCAUUAGCUGUUUUUGAGUUCUUUUGUAUAUGAGGGGUUAGUUUCUGAGCUAGUCCCUUUAGCCAGAACUUUAGCUGGAAUGUUAACAAAUGUAGUUGAAAGGAUCCACGAUGUAGCUGAAUGGAAAAGUUCUCAGUAUAUAGGAAGGAAAAAUAGAAACUUAAAGGAUAUAUAAAAAAAGUGCAAUGGUAAUAUUUAUUUCUUAUUGGAGAGUAAAUCUCAGUUGCUUUUAUGAUUUGAUUAAAUAAGGAGGCACUUACUACAAAAUUUGUAAAGGCAUUCUAUUUAUCCAAUGGAGACGGAAUGUAUACUAUUUGCCCUUAUAAUUUAGUAUACAAGAAAAGAAUUUACCUUCCAAACAGUGUGUUAAACAUACUUACUUCCUACCCCAAAACACAUUAUCCACACUUUUGGACCCUGUUUAUGGAGUCUGCAGUGAAAUCCAUGAAAAAUAAUAAACAUGAAUAAGUGUUCAGUACCCACACAUACACUCACAUCACAGUGCCAACCCCUUAAGCGAGUUUUUGUUAAGUAGGUAACACACGUAAUACAGAAUACAAUACAUUUCAGAGGCAGAGUUCUUCAGAUUAUGUUUUAUUAAUAUUAGUGUUUAGGAAUGUAUUAUGUAAAGGGAUGCCAGAGAUAGCAUCCUUCUGUUAUUUUAAUUUUUUUUUUUUUUUAAUGAAAAGGGACCUAAAAGUAACCACCAUCAUCUAAAUUACUUAUAAUUCCCCAAUCUUAGUAAAAUUUAAUUUUGGGGAAAGCUGUUGAGUCUUCAGCUUAGAAUUACUUAAAAUUUGUAGGCAUUUAAUAUCUUCUUUUUUGGAUGUUACAUUUCAUUAGAAAUAUAAUUUUCCCAAAAUUUCUGACCAUGUACUCUUUUUAUUUUAUGAUUUUUAAAAAUUAUUAUUCUACAGAGUUUCUCUCUCUCAUACACACACAUCAGUACGAGAGAGAAACACUUAUUGGUUGCUCCCCUUUACGUGCCCCGACCGGGAAUCAAAUGCACAACCUGGGUAUGUGCCCUGCCAGGAAUUGAACCCACCACCUUUUGGUGCACAGGACGAUGCUCCAACUAACUGAGCCACACUGGCCAGAGCCUGCCUGGCCAUGUAGUCUUUUCUUUAAAUAAUUAUGUCUGAAAGCAAUGAAAACCUCAAAGGAAAAAUGUUUAUAUCCACGUUUCUCUUAAUACCUGAAACUUGUUUUUUUAAAAAAGCAGUAUUCACUUCAAUCAUAAACUUACAGAAAAUUCGGACAUAUUACGAUAUAUGUUUAUGAUCUUGCUUUUAAGUGGUGCUGUUUCCCCUCGGGCAUUAGUUCUAAAAUUUUAGAAUGUGGAAUAAGUUUGUUUAAAAACACAUUACUGGGCCUACCUUAGAAUUCUGUUGGGUCUUUGGAACCAUAUUUUGAGGAAACUUUUGAGUCAUUCUUUUAUUUUUGUCCUGUGGUUAAAUAUUAGAAAGAGUACUCAUGAUAAAACAUUUUGAGUAGAGGUAGGCAGUGAGUACUGUUUUACCUACUAUUUUUAAAUACAUUUUGAAUGAAUGACUUCCUCAAGUUAGAUAGCAUCUCAAAAAAAUCCCAUCAGUUUUCUAUCAAUGUUGCAAACGAUAAGCAUUUUUCUGUGAUGAGGUUUUAGCCAUUAUUCAGGGUGGUCUUUAGUUUUUAAUCCUCUUUUAAAAUCUAAGAUUUACUGUGUAUAUUUCAUACAGAAUUGCAUUACAAAUAUGUUUCUAAUUGUGUUCUGUAUUUUGUAGUCUUUAAGUGCCAUGUCAAUCUUUUUUAUAUUAUAUAAAUUUCUCUGAAAAUACCAGGGGAAAAAGGCAUUUGACAGAAUGGUUGGAAUUUUGGUGUUCUAAGAAAAAAUUUAUUUUGUAUAAGCAUGUGGUCAGAUCAUUUUAUGUGUAUGCAGCCUGAAUUGGCUAUCGGGUAUUUUGCUUUAUAUAUUUACUUUUAAAAUUUUGUUUUGCUUUUGCCAUGUAGAAUACUGAAUACUGCCUUGGUAAUCAUAAUGUAGUCUGUAUUUGUGUACCUUUUUUUUUUUUUACUUUAAAAUUUUAAAUAAAAUGUUUAAUACCCAU